UCGCUCAUUGUCCACGUGUGAACAUGUCCCCUGCUCCAGCAGAUGAGUUGGGCCGCAAGCCCCUGGAUGGAGGUUGGGGCUGGGUGGUUGUUGUCGGUGCUCACAUUUCCAUAGGAUUUGCAUACUCCACUCCCAAAGUGCUAGCCAUUUUCUACAAAGAGAUACAGGAGAAUUUAGGGGCCAGCUACAGUGAAAUAGCAUGGAUUUCCUCCAUCAUGCUAGCUGCCAUGUAUGCAGGCGGACCGGUGAGCAGCAAGUUGGUGACUCGCUUUGGAAGCCGACCAAUAGUCAUGGCGGGUGGAUUGAUGUGUGGGGUAUCUAUGGUAACCGCUUCUUUUGGGAACUCCAUGGUUCACCUCUACCUUUGCAUUGGCAUCAUUGGAGGCUGCGGACUCUCCUUAAACCUCAAUGCAUCUCUCACCAUCAUCAGCAAGUAUUUCCUGGUCAAGCGGCCGUUAGCUAACGGACUAGCUAUGGCCGGGAGUCCCGUGUUUCUGUGUCUCCUGGCCCCUCUAAACCAAUAUUUACUGUACACAUAUGGCUGGAGAGGAAGUUUCCUUAUCCUCGGGGGUCUGAUGCUCAAUUGUUGUGUCGCUGGGGCCCUGAUGAGGCCUGUCAUUGCGCGUUGUAAGAUAUCCAACUGUGCACCACAGAAGAAGAUGGAGGACAAGACAAAUGAGUCCAACAGCAAACUAAAAGAAAGCUGUAUGAAGAGUGCGAAGAGCUUCUUGGAUUUGACCUUCUUCAAGGAUAGAGGCUUCGUCAUUUACCUCAUUGGGAGCAUAAUGUUCAUCUUCGGCGCUUAUGCACCAAUUGUAUUCCUAUCAGCCUAUGCUAUAGACCAAGGGGUAGGUGAAUUCUCCGCAGCCUAUCUGCUCACUAUCAUGGGCUUUGUGGACAUGUUUGUUAGGCCUGCCACCGGCCUGAUAGCCAGCAGCAAGCGGGUCAGGCCCAGGAUCCAGUACUUCUUCAGCUUCGCCUUGGUUUUCACCGGCACGGUCCACUUACUGUGCCCAAUGAUUACCAUGUUCAAAAGCUACUCCUACAUCUUCCUGGCGACCUACGCUGUCUUUUUUGGCGUUGGGUUCGGCAUGGUUUUUGCCCUGAUAUUCGAAUGCCUGAUGGACCUGAUGGGAAAUGAACGCUUCCCCAGUGCUGUUGGACUGGUCACCAUCAUCGAGUGCUUCCCCAUGCUACUGGGACCGCCUGCUGCAGGUAACACACUCAACAUGCACUAUCCAUUCAAACACAUGACCGAAUCCUACUGA